UAUAGUCAAUUGUGAUAUCACAUUCGUUCCUUGCUUCGCGAUAUAUUAUGGAAUCUUUUUCAUGUACUAUGUACUUAUCUAUAAUCUUUCUUGACGUAACAAGCAUAUCAUACCAUAAAUAGUUAUUGUUUUACCCUAUUCAAGGAACACAUGGCAUUCUCACGAAGCGGUAAAAUAAUUACACGCAUCGAUCAAUGUCGAUUGCAUUCUAGCUUGAUUACACGAUUGUGCGUUACAUUAUAAUUUAAUCUCGAGUUCAAUGGCGUACGAAGGGAGGUAUACACAGUCAUUUCAAACUCAUGUUAACAUCGAGUUAACAUUAUCAGUCGAUAAAACUUCGCAUUUUUCGAAAUCGCGUUUCUUUAUAUUUUUAAAAAAACAAUCGAGUUUCGUUCACCAUACAAGUGUUUGUGCGUGAUACGUGAUUUUAUCGAAAUCACAUUUCUCGAUAUCUCAUUCUUUAUGAGAUUUUGAACUCUAUUAAAAAUAAACGUGUUACGUAAUAUCAACGUACUAUUGUUGUCUUAAUAUAAUAUAUUGAAUAUACAUCAUCAAGAUGAAAAAUCACUUAACACCACAAAGUGCGAUUUUGUUCACGAAAAUCAGCGUUGCUCUCACGUGUUCCUGGCCUCCCUCUCCUCUUGCGACCAAGGCUCAACAUCUUUUCUUUAAUGCAUUGUGGUGCACUGCGUUUUUGACCCCCGUCACAUUAUUUUUACCGUUAUUGGCCGCGAUUUACGAAUAUCGUAAGCAUCCUAUCAUUCUUGGAAAAACCGUGAGCCUUACAGCGGCUGUUGUUCAAGUGACGAUUAAAAUGAUAAUAUGUCGUUUGCAGCAGAAACGUUUUCAAAUGCUGUACUUUGAAAUGGAGAAUUUUUGCAAACGGGCCACGAACGACGAAAGGAUCAUACUGCAACGUUACGUGGAUAGAUACAAAUAUUUUCAUAGUUUCUACAUACUGUGGAGUUUCCUUACUACGAUAUUCGUCAUAUGCGGUCCAUUGUACACGGCGCAAACGUUCCCCAUCCACGCGAUAUAUCCAUUUUCAGUGAAACGUCAUCCGUACAAAGAUUUAAUCUUCUUCCAUCAAUCGUUCGUUGGGUUUCAAGUGUCUUCAGGCAUGGCUGUUGACACCCAGGUAGCUCUUCUUUUACGAUAUGUCGUGGCUAGAUUCGAGAUUUUAGGAAAUCAAUUCAGUAAUGCGAAAUCAGACGGUGAGUUCGACGCCUGCAUAGAGAAGCACAAUGAACUCUUAAGAUGUAUCAGAGAAAUUCGGCGAUCUAUCAAAUUUCUAAUUUUGGCAACAAAUGGAACAACCGUCAUUGCCGUGAUAUUCGGCAGUUUAAAUUUAAUCACCAAUCAGCCACUAGCCCUGAAAGCUUUAUACGCUAUCGUAGUGUUCAGCGCGAGCGUGGAACUGUUCAUGUACGCUUGGCCAGCGGAUAGCUUGAUGCGCAUGGUAAUCAAAUUAUCACGAUACGAUACGAUUUCAAUUGAUGAUGAAACAAUUUUCAAUUUCAUCUUUUAUCCUAAGACAAUGAAAAUGGCUACAAAAGUGUACAACAUGGAUUGGUAUAGAAGAGACAUCAGAACCCAGAGAAAGAUACUUUUUAUAAUUUUAAGAUCUCAGAAAUACGAAAGUUUUGGGAUUAAUGGUAUUGUACCUGCACUUUCACUAUCUUAUUACGCGAAGUAUCUAUACACAUCUUUGUCGUAUUUCAAUGCAUUACGUAUUAUGGUUGAAGAUACAGUUAAUUAGUUUAUCUUGAAAUUCCAUGAUAGAAGAAUAUUACAUUUGAAAGAUAAAAGAAUGGUUACAAGAAUUGCGUAGUUCUUAGCUUGGUAUCGCUUUUCAAAGAUUAAUUUUUGGAAAAUUUUCAAUGAAAAUAUUGAAAAUCGAUACCAAUUACCAGGUCUCACCACGAGGAGGUGACUACGCAUCGAGACCCACCUAAAGCUAAAAAAAAAAAGAAAGAUAUUAAGAUUAAUUUAAUUACACAAAUUAAAAAAGUAAAUAAAAUACAUAAGGAAUAAAUAUUAUAUAAAAUAAAUCUAAAAUAUAAAAUAAAUACAAUGAAUACAAUGAAUCUUUACAAUAAUCUUUACAAUAAUCUUUACAUUUGUCGCAAUUUCUCGCUCGCGAUUAAUCUUACAUCGUCCGACUUAAGUCUAACUUAAUUUAGAUCUUAAUACUAAAUCUUAAAUCUAACUGCAUCUGUAUCAAAGAUACAUUUCUAUUUAAAGCGAAAUAAAAAAGAACUGAAAAUAUUAAUUAUUCAAUCGAAAAGAUUUCAUUCAAGUACUACAAAUGAUUGCAAUGAUUGCAAAAAGGAAAAAUUUAAAACGAAAAAAGAAGAGAGGAAAACAAGCGCAAGGGGGAAAAAUGUAAAAAUCCAAAAGAAAGAAGGAAUAAUGAAGGAAUUAAAGAAAUUCGUAUCACUGUCAAUCACCUUAGCACGACUUAUGCCAGUGGAGUUACGAGAAUCGAUGAAUAGAUGAUACUUUCCAGUGACUAAUCAGGGGUUACGACAGUGGUCUUGCAGAAGAACGACUUACAUUCUGACGACACAGGAAGGAGCAAAGGAUAAAUCCUUGACCACCGGAGCCGAUUUACCAGAAUGACGUUCGACCACAAGACCUAACUCUCAUCGAGUACUCAAAGGUACCAAUCGAUCAAAGUGCGGACCCUCAACUAGCCACCGGAAGUAGAGCACCCAUCCAACGAUUUCUGCCACUGUUGCGUGACAUGUGGUCGACAGUGA